AUGGGAAUAAUCGGAAUCGAAGAAUUCAGUUCCAUGUCUAACUAUAUUCCAUUAUAUCCGAUCAAUAUUGAAUUAGCAGAUGAAUGCUAUUUAAUUGUUCACGAUCUCCAUGGUUCAAAAAAUUCACAUAUAUCAGUUCUGAUCGAUUUGGCUGGUGCCUCUACAACUACUAGUUUAUCUGGUCUAUUAAUACAUGUGACUGCAAAUGAUAAAGACCAAAAUAUUCCUCAUACAACAAAUAUUCGUUGUGAUUUCAGGAAUGGAAAUAAAUCAGAAUUAUCAAUUAUGGGUAUAGGUUGUCUUGCCGACAGCAAAUAUCUACAUGGUAAUACUGCAUUGCCAAACUCUAUUCAGAAUGAAUUCAUUACAUUAGAUAUGUAUGUCCGUCUGGCUCACGGACAAACACCGACAGCUACAAAACAAGGCAUCUUACAGUACCUAGUAAGUCUUACGUUAGGGAAGUUAGCUCAAGAUUCGAGUUUUUCCAGCCCCGAUUUGCGUAUAUGA